AUGAAGAGGGCGCUGGUGGUGCUACCCUUUUGCAUUAAACUUCUAGCCUGCCUAUUGUUCCUAGCGUAUUGUGAAAAUGUGGAGGCAAAAAAUGUAAAGGUAGAUCUGGAUGGCAAGGUGUACACCAUUAUGUACGAACAAAAGGAGGUGAAAUUUUCAGACCUUGAUCCUGUUAAAAUUAUGUUCCACUCGAAUCAUGUAAAGCAUUCAGGAAAUGCAAUCAUCCGCCAUCUAAUCAAAAUGACAUCAACAGAUGUGAAUAAAAUAAAUUAUGUAGUAAAACAUGUGGACAUCACUUAUGAUAAACCACUAAAGUAUCAGGACAGUUACAAAAUAAUUGGAGGCAUAACAGCCUAUGGGAAUACCUCUUUAACGCUAACUGUAGUUGGGACAAGCUCGAUGAGUAGAAAUGAAGGUAGCGGCAACUGGGGUAUUAAAAAUAUUUUGCGAAGCAGGGCGUGUGCGCCUUUGGACGAGCAAGAUAAUGGGGAAGAGACCUCCACCUCAGGGGACUUCCAAAGUGAGCAAAGCGAAGUGGACACAGGAAAGGGUCCAAACAAAAAGACCAGCAAAAGUCACUUGCAUGUAGAAAAGCUUCUUGCACAGUACAAAGAAGAUAAUGCCGAUGCAGUUAUCAAGCUAUGUAAGAAUAACAUGAAGGAAAUCGCAUCACAGAAAAAAUGUAUAAAUUAUUUUACUGCUACUUAUACUCUAGUUCGUGUAAAUAAAGACGGAAUUAAAGAAUCUAUUCAGGAAAAAUGCAAAAAGGCGUUUCCGCCAAUUGAAGUUGAAAAAUUGAAAGAGUUAAUCAGCGUUUUUUGCUAG